CGUGGCAACUUUUUAGACGGUAUUGUAAAUUUUGGCGAACAUGUAUUUGAAGGGGUCGAUUACACCCUUGAAAAGUUGAGUGACUUAUAUGUAAUCGGUCCUGAUGGUAAACCUGUUAGAGUAGGCAUAACCGACUUCUUCCCUGAAACGGUGGAAGAAACUCAGAAGGAUCUCCCUAACCGUGUCUUUUUCUAUCUAUAUACAAGGAACAAUCCGUCAGACGGUCAAAAAUUGAAUGUGAACGACAAAGUUACUUUGCAAAAUAGCAACUUCAACAUAUCGAAAUAUAGCGCAAUUUUAGUUCAUGGAUGGAUGUCUAAUUACAAGGAUUUUAUAGCAGCUAAAAAUGCUUUCCUUCAAAGCUGUGACUGCAAUGUCAUAUUACUUGACUGGGGGGCAAUAGCGCAGAAUAUAAAUUACGUAUGGUCCAGCGAUCGUGUUGUGAUAAUCUCCCAGUAUGUCGCCCAGAUGAUUGACUUUCUACAUGCGGAAGGAAUGGAUGCAUCUAGGUUGACCAUAGUUGGCCUUUCUCUUGGCGCACACGUAGCUGGAUUGUCGUCCUACUUUGCAAAGAACAAAGCGAAUUUUGUAGUCGGUUUGGAUCCAGCUCAACCCAACUUCCUUACUGCUGGUGUAGGAACCAGAAUAUCUUUAGGAGACGGAGAAUACGUACAAAUUCUCCAUACCAAUGCUGGUGGGGCUGGAUUUAACAUUUCCUUGGGUGACAUUGAUUUUUGGGCAAAUAAUGGUCAGACUCAAAAUGGCUGCAAUCUCAUUGACGACACGUGUUCACAUGUUAGGUCUCUCAGUUAUUACAUAGAAUCUCUUAGUAGUAAAGUAGGAUUUAUAGGGAGAGAAUGCGACAAUUACAACGAUUUUACGCAAGGAGAAUGCGCAAAUAAUCCUACAGCUGUUAUGGGUGGCGUUACUCCGCAGACUAAUCUGAAGGGUAACUUCUAUUUCACCACAAAUUCGAACUCACCGUAUGCUAGAGGUGCCGAA